AAACUAUAUAGCAAUAAAAAAUAAUGGAUUCUGUUUGCGCAACAAGUUGUGUAAAAGAUGUGAAAGUCCCCGUCGUGAGAGCAACCUACGUGAACCUCUAUAAAUGGCCGGAGUCCGACGCCGAGUUCAUUCGCUCGGUGAGCGCUGGCCGCCACUCUCGGGUGGUGGACAGUGUAUCCUGCCGGCAAUUGUAUUUGAGAAGCUACACCUUCUCGAGGGCAGACAGCGACGAUGAGGGUAACUGGAAGAAGGAGGAAACCACCGGAAAGAUGACGUCCCAAUGUGCUGCCGCCGGGCGCCGCCGCCUUUGCUGGAGGAGGAAAUCGAAAAGUUUGAGGUUUCGAAAGGCUGUGGUUUCAAUCUUUCGGAGGUUGCUAUCUUGCACGGCCACGGUUGACGUAGUCGUUGAUUAUUAAUGGAUACUUAUGUUCAAAAUAUACGCAGUAUAAUUUGUAAUUUUUGAAUUUAUGACUAUCUAUUAUAGGGUGUACAACACGUUUUUACUGGGAUUGUUUGGAGUUCAAACUAGAGACCUCCAAAAGAGUUGGACUUGGGGUACACACUUUUUGUGUACACAUUUUUUACGCAUGUCUGUGUAAGGUUUUUUUUAUGUCUGUACAGACAUUACGUGUUUUUAAAACACGUUAUGUCUGUACAGACAUAAAAAAAAACUUACACAGACAUGUGUAAAAAGUGUGUACACAAAAAAGUGUGUACCUUUAGAAUUUUUCCCUCCAAAAAUAAAUAGAUUAUGACAAAUCAAACUAGAUUUAAAUAUAUCAAACUACACCAGAUUUCGAUAGUUGUAAAAUGUAUGACUGAGUGCGGUCUGGAAUGGUCCGAGGAUCGCGCGGAAUAUAUUAGCAAACCCCAUAAUGUAUCAAUGAGGUUUUAAACAGUUUGAUAUUGUCCAGUUCUAAGCUUGAAACUAUAUUGUACCAUGCCGUUUAGAAAUGGCACAAAAGGCUACAGACAGACGCCUUAAUCAAGACAAACAUCUUAGUUCAGACAGGACUUGAUAGAAAAAAGUAAACAACCCCUUAAUUACUCAAGUCUUAUGUAUCUUGUUAUUUUUAAGAUAAAUAAAUAAAUUUGUUC